AUGCAAGGUGCAGUGCAGCCAGAAAAUGCUGAGACUUUGUUUGGUCAGAUUCGCAAUCAGACACCGCAUGUGAAAUAUCUGGACUAUAUGUCGCCACAAUGUGAUCCAGGAUCUCAUACUUUUAUCAGUCGACAAUUUGCGCCGACAUCUACCGAGAAAGCUGGCAGCACUAUCAUUGAUAGACGACGAAAUGUUAUAGCUAAUGCACAGGGUACCGGAAAUGAUAUUGGAGUAUUUGAUCGUGCUUCUGAAUCAAUAAUGCCACUUCUUUUCAAUGUUCAAGAUAUCUAUCCCAAAAGUGGAGCUGAUUUUGGUGCUUUUCGACCACUGAUAAGUGAAUCAGAAGGCGGCUACCGGAUGAGUUUAACUGAUGAGAUUAAAUGCAAGCUUAUUGUUCCGUAUCAGACAUCGUCAUCACUUGCAACAUGA